CCUGCCAGACUAUACCGAGGGAUUACUAGCACACUGAUGACGUUGACGCCGGAGUAACUUUCGUGUGGCGGAAGAUGGCUGACAGCGUAGCUUUGGUAGCCAAAAGAUGCGACUCUGGCUCGUUGUCGUCUGUGAGCAUGGAGACCAUCUCCGGGCUGACGGAGCUGGAUGACCUGGAGCGGGUUUACCAGCAGCUCUGUACCGAGGAGACAGAAGUGGAAGCUGAGCUUGACAGGCUGGUGGGACAGGAGGGCAGCAUUCACACAAAGAUGCUGGCACUGCAGAGAAUGGGACCGAAUCUACAGCUGAUUGGAGGAGAUGCCAGCCAGCUGUCAGGCAUGAUCACUUUCACCUGCAGUCUGGCUGAAAAUGUCAGCCAAAAAGUCAGACAGCUAGACCUGGCAAAAACCCGGCUUUAUAAAGUCAUCCAGCGCGCUGACGACAUCCUGGACCUGAAGUUCUGCACUGACGGCGUUCAGACGGCGCUGCGUAACGAAGACUAUGAACAGGCAGCUGCUCACAUCCAUCGCUACCUUUCUCUGGACCAAUCAGUAAUUGAGCUGAGCCGUCAGGGAGAAGAAAGCAGCGCUGUGGACGCCAGUCUGGUGAAGCUGCAGGAGGCGGAACAGAAGCUGAAGGUGAUCGUGGCAGAGAAGCUCGACGAGGCUGUAGCAGCUGUCGACUUGGCCCAAGUGGAGAGGUUCUUCAAGAUCUUCCCUCUGCUGGGCCUCCACCAGCAGGGUCUGGCCCGGUUCGGCCAGUACCUGUGCAGUCAGCUCGCCUCCAAAGCUGAGGAGAACCUGCUGUUGGCGACAGGCGGCGAUCUGGGAGAGAAGAGAGCUCUGCUGAUAUUUGCAGACACUUUGACGCUGCUGCUGGAAGGCAUCGCUCGUGUCGUUGAGACUCAUCAGCCCAUAGUGGAGACGUAUUACGGUCCGGGCCAUCUGUACACCCUCAUCACUCACCUGCAGCAGGAAUGCGACCGUCAGGCCCAGAAAAUUGUCGAUAAGUUCAUCCAGCAGAGAGGAUACCACAACAAGUUCCAGAUUGUCCAGACCAGCAUGAUGAAGAACGUUCCAGGGGAGAGGAUCGAGCCAAGGGAGCUGGACCCUGUGCUGACAGAAGUAACGCUGAUGAACGCCAGGGCCGAGCUGUACCUGCGCUUCCUGCGUCGCCGCAUAAUGGCCGACUUUGAGGUUGGAGAUGGUCAGAGCAUCACACCAGAGCACCAGCAGAAUGUGGAGAAGCUAAUCAAGCACUGUUUGCUGAGCACCAGGAUGCAGGAGCUGAUUGGAUAUUACAUCCCAAUGGAGGAGUACUACAUGAGAGAGUCGGUCAACAAGGCUGUUACCAUGGAUACUUACGAGAAGGGUCAGCUGACCAGCAGCAUGGUGGACGACUGCUUCUACAUCGUUAAAAAGUGCAUCAGCAGAGCGUUGUCCAGCUCCAACAUCGACUGCCUCUGCGCCAUGAUCAACCACGCCAACUCUCUGCUGGAGUCAGACUUCAGAGAGGUGUUGUACAACAAGCUGCGGCAGGGCUUCCCGGCCACGACGCUUCAGGACAUCCAGCGGGGCGUCAGCAGCGCCGUCAGCCUGAUGCAGAGCAGCCUGCAGCAGGGCAAGUUUAACACGCUGGGCAUUGAGAGCACCGAGAACGCCAAGGCUGCCUUCCUGGUCACUCUGAAUAACGUGGAGGUUUGCAGUGAGAAUAUCACGACGCUAAAGAGAAACCUAGAGAACGACUGCUCCAAGCUGUUCAGUCAGGGAGUCGGAUCUGGUGAAAAAGCAAAGAUCGAAAGCUGCUUGUCCGACCUCAUCGGCACUUCUGCAAAGUUCAAGGAUCUGUUGCAGGAGGGUCUAACAGAGUUGAACACGACAGCUGUAAAGCCUCAAGUCAAGCCCUGGAUCAGCAGCUUUCUAUCCAUCUCCCACAACAUAGAGGAGGAAGAGUUUAAUGACUAUGAAGCUAACGACCCCUGGGUGCAGCAGCUCAUCGUUAACCUGGAGCAGCUCAUGGCGGAGUUCAAGACGGCCCUCAGUCCCGUCAUCUACGACACUCUGACCAGCCUGAUGACCAGCCUGACCUCCGUUGAGCUGGAGAAAACGGUGCUCAAAUGCUCCUUUAGCAGGCUGGGAGGGCUGCAGUUUGAUAAAGAGCUGCGGUCUCUGGUGGCGUACCUCACCACGGUCACCACCUGGACCAUCAGAGACAAGUUCGCUCGCCUCACGCAGAUGGCCACCAUCCUCAACCUGGAGCGGGUGACUGAGAUCUUGGACUACUGGGGUCCUAACUCAGGCCCGCUGACAUGGCGGCUGACCCCCGCCGAGGUGCGUCAGGUUCUGGCUUUACGGAUCGACUUCAGAAGCGAAGACAUCAAGAGGCUGCGACUCUAGAUAACGAGCUAGUGGCCGUCUGCAACAUGGGGGAAAAAAAAAAAAGAAAAACUCUAAACAGAUGUGUGCGCGACACAAAACAAACACCCUGUUUGUUCCUCAGUGGUGUUUUUUUUUUUUUUGCAGUUUGUCCAGCUGAUCCCAGUGUGCAUCAGUUCCAGCUGAGCUUUCAGAGACGCAGUUUCAGAGCAGCGACGGCGAGCGGCCUGAUCUUUAGUUAACUGUAAAAUGUGUAAUUAAAAUCAUAAAUGUGUGACUGUAUUACAGUGGAGUAUUUUUAACCUGUAUUGGGCCGAGAGAGAAACGGGGACACACUGGGAGCGUGGAGUGGAGCUGUGGAGCCGCUGGUGCAGCAGAGCAGUAAUGAACGUCCCGACCAUUAAACUGACAGAAGCAGGUCAGACAGCUGAUCCAGCCCAGUCAUUCAAUAUAUGAAUAGCUCCUUGCCGGUGAUGAUGGAACACUUUUAACCUAAUAAAUUGAGAGCUUGCUGCGCUGCGCUCCUGAUCCCUGCCAUCCAGCACAUUUCACUGCCAUGCCAGAGCUGCUCUCAAUCUUUUUUUAUGCGUCUUUCUGACUCCAAACGGCCAGCUUUGUUCACGAGGCAGUGAUGCAUCAAAAGUGGUUCACACUCUCAUAAUAUGCAGCCUAAUUUCCUGGUCCAGCCUUAAUUCUCCGUACAGAUUAAAGCAAAGGGAACAGCUUGUUACGUCGCGGCGCAAUCAAAACUCAAGACCGGCAAAGCAGAGAUAGUUAGGAAAAGUGUGGCUUUAAUGUAAACACAACAUUCGAUUGGCUCAGCACAAACAUUCCACAUGAGAGCAACCAAUAAACUACUGAAUAGGAUGGGGGUGCAGCACAGAAACAUUCACAGUAAAAAAAAAGAAAAAAGAAAAAAAAAAUCUGGUAUAAUCAUAAUAUAUAUAUACAGUACGGUGCUUUUUAGGGUGAAAAUGGAGAUAGGAUGUGAGGACUGACUGAUAUGUGAUGGGUUAAAGAGAGUACAGGGGAUGGGAGGGGCAGUCUGGGUGAAAAUGAGGGGCUGUACUUUAGAUUUCCCUGCAACAGAAACAUGACGGACUGUGAAGAGAGAGGAGGGGGGCUGCGGUGGGGGGGUUAAAUCAGAAAACCUCCCCAAACAAAGACAGCCUGAGGUGAGGGGGCACUUAUCUACCAAUUUCACAACCAGGGACCUCGCAGCAGCGCCAAAGUCUGGAUGUUGAUGCAGAGCUGCUGCGACCCUCUGCACCUCGGUGUUUCAUGAAUGGAAAUAAACACAGUGCUGUGAAGAAGUUUUCACCCCCUUACAGAUUAUUUCUUCUUGUUUUUUUUUUUGUUUGUUUGUUUUUUUUUAUCACGUCUGUCAACAAACCAAAGAGAAACAAAGUCAUUCAUAUGGACGAGUCAGGACGGAGUUACAAAGCCGUUUUCAAGGCUUUUAGCUACAAACCUUUAGCCACAAACGGAGAAAACAUGGAACAGUGCUGAGUCUUCCCAGCCUACCUAAAAUAUUCGUUAAGAGUUCGUCGACGCCGCCUCAUUCAGGAACAUCUAAAGCACUGUAGGCCUCGUUUUCCUCCGUUAAGGUUCAUGAUUCAACAUACAAGAAGCGACCGGGCCGAAACCGGAUCCUUAAGAGUCCCAAGGCAAAACCCACUGAGGACCAUCUCACAUUCCCCCUUUAAUAUCCUAAUGAUCCCCACAACUUCUAGAAAAAUAUUCAGAUAUUGUUUUAGAUGAUGUGUCGUGUUACAUCUGGCAUGAAGCUGACAGCAUUUCAGAAGAACAUAACGGUCAAACACGGUGGAGGCAGUGUGAUGAUCAGGGUAAUGAGCUGAAGCACAACAGUCUGAAUAGUGCAGGGAGGAAAAAAAGCUAGAUGGAGGUUUUGAAGUGGUCUAGUCAAAGUCCAGGCUUAAAUUCAGUCAAUAUGACGUGGCAUGAUCUAAAACGGGCUCAAAAACUAUACAGUCUGUAAGGGGGCGAGUUUUCACAGCACCGCAUGCGGCACGGGACUUUUCUUCUAGGUAAGAGGGAGACGGAGGCAUAAAUAAGUCUUUCAUUAUAAUAAAAUCUGAUAUUUAAAUAAUAUAAAUCAACAGUAUGAGCUCUAAUUUCUGACCCUACUGCCCUAUCUGUUAUUCUCAGGUGGUUGGCACCAAUGUUUCUCUUUGUUUUUCGUGAAGAAAUGACUGGCUGAUGGGCGGCAGCCAGCAGCUGCUCUGGACAGAAGAAUCCUCUCUUUCAUGAGAGCCAAACCGAGUGGGACAGACCUGCAGGCCGGCAGUUUGAAGGGAAGUUAACACAGCCUCCUUCUUUUCUUUGCGUCCACGCCCCUCGGCCACAAGACACCGUCACCGUCAUCAUCAUCAUCUCCACCUUCACACUCAGCAGCUCGUCGCGCGGAGCACCAGAGGCUGUAUUCGGAGCGUAACGGGACGGCGUCCUCCUCUGCGUUUCUGGGCAAGGCUUCAGCUGAAUAAACCUCUGGUGCUUCCAGCCUUACAGAACAUUCAACUUAAAAACACAUUUUUAAAAGAC